CGAUAUCAUAAACUAUAUGAACUUCCCAUUUAAUUCGAAACGUGUCCAAUCGAAACUGAAAGUUUUGUAUCCUGUAUUUAACCCAUGAAGAAGCUGAAACAGUAUUUUUAUCGGCUAUUCACUGUGCAAUAUUGCAAAUAGGAUCUGAUGUUAACGUGUAAAAAUUUUUAGUACUGUAUAUCACGUUCUAGUAACAUACGUAAUUCUAUGAAAUUUCUGAGCAGAUAUUGGGUAAUGGUUGUCAUAAAAUAAAUUGUAUUUCUAAAGAAUUAACGGUCGUCAGCUGCUGAAUUUGAAGAAUUAUAUUGAUGCAGUUGAAGCUAGUAUUGAUGGAAUGAAUGAAGACAGUCUUGUUGUCUUGUUCUUAAUCUUUUAUUGUUGUGGAAUUUAAGUCACUCUCUAAAAAAAUGGCAGAAAGUUUAUUAAAAUUUGUUAUUGUGUUUAGAAAAAGUACAAUAAAUGAAGAUGAUGUGAAAAGGAAUGCAUUUGAAUUUUUUACCGAGUUUCACAAGAGAGAAAAUAUUAGUUAUGAUAUUAAUAUUUUAGAAUCGAGAAACAUUGAUGUUGACCAAGUAUAUAAAGCUAAAUUAUGCGAAAUGGAAGUGCAUAUAAAAUACUUUGGAACUAAUAAACACUUUGAUCCUGGUGUCUAUUUUACUAAAAUAUCUAAAGAAUGGUGUAACAAAGAUAAAAAUGAGUUGUCCAGGUUAUGGUUAAGACUUAGUAACCACACAGUGUUAAAGAACAAAGGCAAACAAUCUCAUUGUGAUGUUGAUAUUAAAGAAAUAGCUUUUGGAACAUUUCCUAGCAUGGAGCACUUCAUGCAGCAGUAUCAUUAUGAAACUAAAACAAAUGAUCGUGAAAUAAUGGCUACUUUUUUACACAGUCAAAGGAAUUUUAUUGUAUAUACGUGUUUAAAUCAUGUAAAUGACUGUAAAUUCAAAGGUUUAACUAACAAAUUUUAUGUGCAGUAUAAAUCUAUCUCUAAAGUUAUAAUUAAUGAUGUACCAAAUAGAGAGAUUGUACAAUUGUUUUUUCAGUUACAACAUAUACCUUUAGUUUAUAAGGAAAAAAAAAGCAAGGAUGGUGAUGAAGAUGAGAUGCAUAGUGGUGAAAAAGCAGUAUUUUUAGCUUCUGAUCAAGAGUAUCAAGAGAGAAAAUGGGAACGAACUCUUAAGUUUGGUUGUUGGUGUAGUAAAUCUAAUUGUACUUUGUAUCGAAUUGGUAAAUGUUUAGUUUUCAAAAUUGUUAUUUCCCGUAAGCAUAGAGCAAGUGGUAUCAUUGAACGGUUGAUUCAGCGGUGCCCAGCAAGUACACAUUUUUACUAUGCUAGUGUAGAAACAGUUGCCCUAAAAAUAAGAUACAAAGAUUUUUCUAAAUUUCCAUUUGAAAAAGGAAAUUUUAGUUUAAACAGGAAUGUGGUUUCAGAAGUGGAAUUUAUUUGUCAGUUUGCAUGGCAGGUUCUUACUGGAAAGUCAAAUGAAAUCAGAGAUCAGAUUAUUCUGAUGGAUGAAACUGAAAAUCACUUGGACCGAGCUGACCAUUGGGAGUUAGUAAAAAAGAGCUUGAAGAAAUAUUGCAAGGAAAAUAUAGAGGCAUUAGUGAAUGCUUUGCAUCACAUUAGCGAAAUGAUUGAUAGGAACGACAUUUUUACAUUCCGAGAUGCUUUGAGUGUUCUUUUUGAACAUUAUCAACAUAAUUCAAACAAGGUUGAACUUCCCGAAGGAAUGUGUUUAAUGCGCCGUAUGAUUAUUUGUCCAUCCCGGGUGAUAUGUUUGCCACCUUCUGAACAUUUUGAUAAUAGAGUUAUCAGAGAAUUUGGUGCAGAAAAUAUGUUGAGAGUAUCAAUUCAAGAUGAUAACUUUUCAAAACUUACAUUUGCUGUGCAGUAUCAUACAAAAAAGGGACGUUUUUUAGAUGAAGUUGCUGGUGCAAUUCUAAAAAAAGGUUUAUCAAUUGGUCCCAGACAGUAUGUGGUGUUAGCAUCUUCAAACAGCCAACUUCGAGAGCAUGGUCUAUACAUGUAUGCAGCUGAUUGUAAAGGUAAUACUGCUAACUCAAUUCGAACUUGGAUGGGAGACUUUAGCCAUAUUAAAAGUGUAGCAAAGUAUAUGGCUCGUAUGGGGCAGUGCUUUUCAACAUCUGAAGAAGCUGUACAAAUAGAAUUAAGUGAUGAAAAUAUUGUUAGUUUGAAUGACAAAAAGUCUGCAGAUGGAAAGUACACCUUUUCAGAUGGUGUAGGAAUGAUAUCAGCAGAUUUGGCAGAAGAGGUUAGAAAAGCUUUGCAUGAAAGGGUGCCUUUAAGCUUAUUUGACGCAGAGCCAUAUCAGCCUACUGCUUUUCAAAUUCGUUUCAAAGGCUGCAAAGGGAUGGUUGCUGAAUCACCAUCUUUGACAGGCCGUAUGUUGGGAAUACGACCCAGUAUGGAAAAAUUCCAGUGUGAUAGUUCAAAUCUUUUAGAAAUUGUAAAAAUAAGUGCACCUAGAGCAAUGUUUCUCAAUCGUCCUCUGAUAACUAUUUUGGAACAACUUGGAAUAGAAUCCAAUGUUUUCUUAAAAUUACAAAAGGCAAUGAUAUUUGAUUUGACCAACUCUUUGAUUUAUGAAAAGAAAGCUUGCAGUGCAUUAAGUAAUUUUACAUCUUUGGAUUACCCAUAUAGAAAACUCCUUAAAGCUGGCAUUUGUGUAACAGAAGAGCCAUUUUUUCGCUCACUUUUGCUGUCUGUUUAUAAAACUGCUAUAGAUCAACUUCGAUCAAAAGCAAGAAUUGCUAUUCCACCUGAAAGUGGACGGAAUAUGUUGGGAGUGAUAGAUGAAACAGGAACUCUUGAAUAUGGUGAGGUUUUCGUACAAUAUUCUAAAGAAGUGGGAAACGUUGCUUCCGAUACUAUAAUAUUAGAAGGGACUGUAGUUGUAACAAAAAAUCCUUGCAUGCAUCCAGGAGAUGUAAGGAAACUAAAAGCAGUAGAUGUUCCUGGUCUGCAUCAUAUUAAAGAUUGCAUCGUUUUCCCAGCUAAGGGUAAAAGGCCACACCCAGAUGAAAUGGCUGGGUCUGAUCUGGAUGGUGAUGAAUAUGUUGUUAUAUGGUAUGAUGAUUUGAUAUUUCAAAGGGAAAACUAUGAUGCAAUGGAGUAUCCACCUAAUGAAGAACUUUUAAAUAACGGGCAAAUCACUGUGUCUGAUAUGAUAGAUUUCUUAUGCAGCUAUAUUCAGAAUGAUAAUAUUGGACCUUUAGCUAGUGCACAUUUAGCAUGGGCGGAUUUUCAUGAGAAAGGAAUUUUUUCCAAAGUUUGCAUGAGUAUUGCAAAGAAGUAUCCACUAGCAUUAGAUUUUGCUAAAUCUGGAACUACUUGUUAUCUGACUCCAAAAGAAAGACCUAAGGACUAUCCUGAUUUCAUGGAAAAAGGUACUUCAAAUAACAGUUAUAAAUCAAGGAAAGCAUUAGGUUUACUGUACAGAGUUACACGAAAUUUAGAGGCAUGUAUCAGCAGGAUUGAUGUUUUGAAGCAACCUAUUAUUCUUGAUUCAAAAUUAGAAUAUCCUGGUUGGAAGAGGUAUGAGCAGUCAGCUGAGUGUCUCAGAAAAGAAUAUGUACACAGGGUUAAAAAUAUCUUAAAGAAGUAUGGUUUACGAAAUGAGACAGAAGUACUUUCUGGCUAUAUAAGUAAAGUAAACGAUUUCAAUCAAAAUCGUUAUGAGAAGGCCAAUGUGAUUUCAUUAUCUAAAAGCUAUCUAUUGGACACCAUCAAACGCUUUCGUUUAAAAUUUAUGAAAGCAUAUGACCAAGAGUGUCUUUCAUUAAGAAAAUCUGGUAAUUCUUUAGAGGACAUUAAAUAUCAAAUGGCAUCUGCCUGGUAUAUGGUAGCAUACUGUAAUUCUGAUACAUCUGUUCUUAGCUUUCCUUGGAUUGUAAGCGAUGUAUUAUGUGAAGUGCGUGAGAAAAAUCUAAGAGGGAUUAUUUCCGUUCCAAAAAGCUCUUUCAUUGAAUCAUCUGAUAAAAUUCUGUUUGAACAGUUAUCUGGCUUUGCAAUGCAAAAUUUUGAUACAUGUCAUUGUACUAGUAUACUGUAUAGCACUAUAAAGGAGUGGUUGGCAAAGUCUUCUCUCAAUCUGAAAAUGAGUACAGAUAGUGAUGUUUUUUGCUAUGGUUGCUUUCAAAGAAUUUUGCAUUAUUUUGAGGAAAAGACUAAGAAAAAAUGUUGUUCAGUAAAAGGAGAACAUUGUUGUUGUAGAACUUCUUGCUCACCCUUGAAACUUAUUUUGAAGUUUAUGAAAUUUUAUGCGUCGGAAGUAUGUAUAGAACUUGGAACUUGUGAUGCAGUAUUAAAGACACGUAAGAAGUGUGAAGGUUUUCGUGAACUGAACUUGCAAUCUGUAGCCCUACAAACUUAUGCCUCUCUGGCUGUAACCAGAGACUGCAGUUAUUUAGGUUUAAUAAAUGGCAGUUCUUCAGUUUUUGAUGAUGAUGGCAGUUAUGAAGAAGGUGACCCGAUUAGAGUCCCAGUUACGACGGAAUUUGAAUCGAUCAUUGCUGAUCAUAUGGAUGAACUACGAACUCUUUUAAAAUCUGUAUCUGGAGUUAGAGAAAUUUUCAUCUCGGGUGAUAAAGAUCGCCAGCAGAAUUGGUAUAUCCUUGUGCAUUCUAUAGGAAAAGGUUGGCAGAGGUGGAACCUCGAAGAAUUAAUAAUGGACCCAAAAAUGAUUGGAUUUAUAAAAUCCAGAUUACAAAAUGAUCCAUUUUCUAAUACAGUACAAAGUCCGUAAUCCGGACGUCCAUUAUCCGGAAUGAUCUAUAAUCCUGACCUCAAAGCCACAAACUUAUGCAUGCGCGCUUAAUGCGCGUGUUCGCUAUGCAUGUGCAUAAUGUGUUUACCCUCGUGCUUCCGAUAGUGAAGAAAAUGACGAGAGGUUAUUGAAAACGAAAAAAUUUCGAUUGACAAGUUAGUCGGUAUUCUUGACACAGCAAUUACAGGACUUGAACAGUGGAACUUUAUAACUGAACAAG